UACUUUUGUCUGCAUUUGGUAGGGUUUGAUUAAAGCAAUGGCUGAUGUUAUUCCCAAAGCUGAGCAAAGGUUUUGUGUGAGGCAUAUUUGGGCUAACUUCAAGCUCAACUUCACUGGAUCAACCUUUAAGGAGCUGUUUUGGAGAGCAGCUAGGGCCACCACCAUUUUUGAGCAUGAAAUUGCCAUGGAGUCUAUCAAAUUCCUCGAUGAAGAGGCAUAUGAGUAUUUAAUCAACAUUCCUCCCCACCAUUGGUCUAGACAUGCAUUCACACCAAACUGCAAGUCCAACAUGUUGUUGAACAACAUGUGUGAGACUUUCAAUGCAGUCAUUAGGCCUGCCAGAGAUAAACCUAUCCUCACCCAAAUGGAAUGGAUGAGGAGGUAUAUUAUGAACAGGAAUAAUGAAAAGUGGGAGGAUUCAAAAACAAUUACACACAACUUAGUGCCAUAUGUGAGGCAUGUUCUGGGGAGGAUAGACUUUGUGGCUAGGUCCUGUGUGGUGCAGCCAUCCAGAGGGAAUACAUUUGAGGUGCAGCUGAAGGAUGACCAGGUGUUGGUUGAUUUGGACAAGGAGACCUGCACAUGUUACCAUUGGGAACUCACUGGCAUUCCAUGUGUUCAUGCUUAUGCCUGCAUAUUGGAUAUGAGGGGUGACAUAGAGGCUGUUGUUGACCCAUACUAUACCAUGGACACAUACAGGUCUGCUUAUGAACCAGCUGUCCAACCAAUGCCUGGCCCAAAGCACUGGGAGACAGUCAGAAUGAGGGAACCACUACCCCCUUCUGUUAAGGUGCAACCUGGGAGACCAAAGAGCAAAAAAAGGAAGCUUGAGCCAGGAGAAUGUUCUUCUUCAGGUGGUCAGGCAAGUACCAAGAGGAAGAAGCAAUGCAGCAACUGUGGGGGAUAUAGGCAUUAUGCCAAGACUUGCAAAGUACCUGCUGCACCAGCUACAGAGCUGAUAAAGUCAGCAGGCAGACCCCCACUGAACACUCCUUGGAUGGUGGAGGAGAGGAAGAAAGAAAGAGAUUAGGGCUGCUAAAAAGAGUGCAAUUGGGGCUGGACCAAACAGCAUAGGAAACAAAAAGUUUCCUCAAGAGCAAGAAGGUUGUCUGCCAUUCAGCAAGCGCCCACAGCCACAGUCUUCCUCAGCUAAGCAUUCCUCAGCUCAGCCAUCCUCUAGUCAGCCAUCCUCAGCUCAGCCUUCCUCAAGUCAGCCUGCCUCAA